AUGGUGAUGAACUUGUGGAGGAGUGCUGCUGAUGUUGUCAGCAAGUUUGUGUAUAGCAAAGAAGAUGAAGAGCUAUACAAAUUAUUCUACGAUGUCGCAAACAAUCACAUCCCUGAUCUCAUUCGGGGUCAGGUGACAUCUAAUGGCCACAACGGUGAAAACAUCAAGAUCAGUGAAGAUUGCUAUACCGAUGACAAACAUGAAAAUAUUAACACAGCUGAUGUAACUGACCUCAACCAUGAUUCAAAAAUAAAAAAGGAAACUGGAACCAGAAAGCCUUCUCUAAAUAUAGAAAAUUGGAAAAACCCAAAGAUAUUUUCAGACUUCCUUCUCUUUUACGACGGACUGUGUUGUUGGGAGGAACAGAGCAAUGUGCCUGUCUUGCAUGAAACCUGGGCAAAACGAAUGUGCUCAUCACUGAUUAGGUUUCACUGUUCAGCCAGGGAAAAAUCAAAAGUUGCUAUUGAAACCUGUUUCCCUAAAGUUGAUGUCAAAAGCUGCAAAUAUGGCGGCAGUGAUGGCGCUAAAAAUGAGGUUGCGAUUGUUCCUGCUGAAAAUAGGAAUGGGAAUGUUGAUGUUUGUGCAAAGGAAGUGAAACCCUGCACCGGUGUUGUGAUCUGCAAGAAACCGGAAAUUAGACGAUGA